CCCACCAAAACCACCACCCACCCACCCACCCACUUCUCCUCCGCCGGCUCAAAAUGGGAAUUCUAUCAUCACUAUGCAAAAACCUCCGCACUUGUUCCAUUAGAACGCACUCCAAUUCCGCGCUAUCCCUUCUGCGGCGCAUGAGCAAUGUCCCGGAAAACACCGUCUACGGCGGCCCCAAGCCCCAGAACCACACCCAGCGCGUGACCCUCACUCACCUCCGCCAGAAGCACAAGAAGGGCGAGCCCAUAACCAUGGUCACGGCCUACGAUUACCCGUCGGCGGUGCAUUUGGACACCGCCGGGAUCGAUAUCUGCUUGGUCGGCGAUUCCGCAGCGAUGGUGGUCCACGGCCACGACACCACUCUCCCCAUCACGGUUGAUGAGAUGCUCGUCCACUGCCGCGCGGUGGCGCGUGGCGCCACUCGCCCUCUGCUCGUUGGGGACUUGCCUUUUGGUAGCUACGAGUCCAGCACUCAUCAGGCAGUUGAUACAGCUGUAAGGGUUUUGAAAGAAGGAGGAAUGGAUGCAAUCAAAUUGGAAGGUGGGGCCCCUUCAAGAAUCACAGCAGCUAAAGCUAUUGUCGAAGCUGGUAUUGCUGUUAUGGGCCACGUCGGUCUCACCCCUCAAGCCAUUAGUGUUCUUGGAGGAUUCAGGCCACAAGGCAGAAACGUCGAUAGCGCAGUCAAGGUUGUGGAAACUUCAAUGGCUUUGCAAGAAGCAGGGUGUUUUGCCGUUGUGUUGGAAUGCGUUCCUCCGCCUGUGGCUGCUGCAGCCACAUCAGCUCUUCAAAUCCCGACUAUCGGAAUUGGUGCUGGUCCUUUUUGUAGCGGUCAAGUUUUAGUGUACCAUGAUCUGCUAGGGAUGCUACAACACCCACACCAUGCCAAGGUGACUCCAAAGUUCUGUAAACAGUAUGCACACGUGGGAGAUGUGAUAAACAAGGCUCUUAUGGAAUAUUCGGACGAAGUUAAAAACGGCAGUUUUCCAGGCCCGGCUCACAGCCCUUACAAAAUCAGCGCUUCUGAUAUCGACGGUUUCAUGCAUGCCUUGCAGAAGAUGGGAUUGGGCGACGCUGCAUCUGCAGCUGCCAAUGCCGCUCAAAAGAUCGAGCCCACAAAAUAACAAAAUGUUUUUUUUUUUUUACUAUCUCGAAAACGAUAAGAUGCUUUCUUGAAUGAGCUAAAUAAAGGAGAGUAUUCAGAAUUCAUGUUUGUAAUGGGUUAUUUCUAUGCUACACCCGGUGAAGACAGCACCGGGUGAUUUUUUACCGUUGAUCUACACACACCAAUGUGGGUGUGUGUGUGUAUGAAUGAUAAAGAUCUACUCGGUGUAUUUAGUUUCACUUACCAAGAUUGG